AUGGAUUCCUUGUCGAAAAAGAUUCAGAAUCUGGGAAUCCAUGAUAUCAGAAACGCUGCCAGGUUCGCGCAAAAUGUAAUUGUACAAUAUGAGCCUUACCAGGUCGAUAUUCGUCGUGCCACCAAUACGGACUCGUGGGGUCCUACUCCUAAACAUCUGUUCAAAGUUAUGCGCAAUAAGUAUCAGGUGCCACUCCAUUUGAUGACCGAGUAUACUCUCAAGAGGCUGGUGGACCAUAUUGCCUCUAGGCCAAAGAACCUGUAUGAGAAGGCCCGGAAGCAGUAUGUGAACUACGGAAGUGAGUGGCGGGUUAUAUUGAAGUGUUUGGUCCUCCUGGAAUACCUACUUCUAAACGUGGAUAAUGGCUCGGAACUGGACCAGGUCAGAAGCUGCAUGCUAACCCAUAAGCAUAUCUUGACCCGGGAUGUGAUGAGUUUUCGCGUUGAUUUUAGUAACGAUGGCAAAAUGGAGGUCCACGAACGUGGAAUAAAGAAAAAGUGCGAAACAAUGAUCCAGUACCUGGAGGAUCCUUCGUUUCUGAAGCGGGAACGUGCUAAGCAUACUAAAAAUGUAGCAAAAAUCAACCAGUCUUCUAGCGCUUAUUCCACUACAGCCUCAACACCUGCUGCAGGGUUUCAAGACCCUGUGUAUGGGUCUUACGACGAUGACGACGAUGACGACGACGACGACUAUCGAAUCAACGGCUCUGCAGCUCCUGCGGAAGCUGCCAGACGGCGGAGAACAUCUGCUGCUGACGAACAACGACGUCAGAAGAGGGAAAUUUUGCGCGAAAAGAUCAAGGCUAGCGAGCUUCAAAGGAAGGCGUCUCUAAAGAGAGCUCAGGAGCCACCUGUAGACUUGCUAAAUUUUGACGAUAUGGACGCAGCACCUCAACCUUCAUCCUAUCGCGGCGAUGAAGCUCCAGCUGCUAAAAGUAAUUUGGGCGAGGAGGAUGAGGACGACUUUGGUGAAUUUCAAAGCGACAGUCACCCUCAAACGACUUCAACGAAUACCACCAAUAGUACGAUCGGAGGAAUUGAUUUAUUGGACUGGAAUGGCUCCGCCUCAAAAAACCAGACAGCCACGGGAACUAAUGGUAACUCUAAAGAUGCAUUUGCGGACUUGUUUUCGUAUUCUAAAACCCACGCUUGA